GAGACUUCAUUUGCCUCUGUCUUUUCCUCUUUCCAGCUCCCGGCUUUCCUCCCCUCCCCCUCUCUGCGGACUGAGUUCUCCCUUUUCACACCGAGUGGCCUUGUUGUCGUCGCGGAGAUAUUUCCUACUGCUGCUGCUCCUGUCGCCGCCGCCGCCGUCCCUGGGCUCAUUUGCCCCCUUCCCUUCCCGCCGCCCCGUCCCCACCCCACACAAGAUGUCCGAGGAUCUAGCAAAGCAGCUGGCAAGCUACAAAGCUCAACUCCAGCAAGUGGAAGCUGCAUUGUCCGGAAAUGGAGAAAAUGAAGAUUUGCUAAAACUGAAGAAAGAUUUACAAGAAGUCAUAGAACUAACCAAAGACCUUCUGUCAACUCAACCUUCUGAAACUCUUACAAGUUCAGACAGUUUUGCUUCUACUCAGCCCACUCAUUCAUGGAAAGUAGGAGACAAAUGUAUGGCAAUCUGGAGUGAAGAUGGACAGUGUUACGAAGCGGAGAUUGAGGAGAUAGACGAAGAAAAUGGCACCGCUGCAAUCACCUUUGCUGGCUAUGGCAAUGCUGAAGUAACACCACUAUUGAACCUCAAGCCUGUGGAGGAAGGGAGGAAGGCAAAGGAGGACAGUGGCAACAAACCCAUGUCAAAAAAAGAAAUGAUUGCCCAGCAGCGUGAAUAUAAAAAGAAGAAAGCUUUGAAAAAAGCACAGAGAAUAAAAGAGCUUGAACAGGAAAGAGAGGACCAGAAGGUGAAAUGGCAACAAUUCAACAACAGAGCCUAUUCGAAAAACAAAAAAGGCCAGGUAAAGAGGAGUAUUUUUGCUUCACCUGAGAGUGUAACUGGCAAAGUUGGAGUAGGAACUUGUGGAAUUGCUGAUAAACCCAUGACACAAUAUCAAGAUACCUCUAAAUACAAUGUCAGGCAUUUGAUGCCUCAAUAAUCAGAAAAACUGUUGGAUUUCAUCUCUGCAGGGCUUUACAUUUACCUUUUUAUCCUUAUAUUUUUCUAAAGGUAAAUUAUUUGUUAGAUGAGUAAGGAAGAUACCAUUGUCAUUGUUUGCUUCAUUAGAAUGAGACUUGAAGAAAUUGCAUUUGAUAACUGCUAUUCGUUUAACUUUUUCAUUACUACUACCACAGUUCCCUCAAAGUUUGUUGAAUAAAGCAACUUUUCUAGAUAAGUGCUGCUAGUACAGCUCUUAUAUGAAUUACUAAGAUCUUAAUAUCAGGCCACCACUAAACUGAUGGUACAUAAUUUUUUUAUGAGUCAUAACAGAAUUUUCAUAUGCUUUGAACUUGACAUAUCCUGGCAGUCCUUAGGAGUAUCAAGGCAAAAUACCAAUCUGAUAAAGACAUUUUUCAUACAUACAUUUUUUUUAAUCUUCAACUUUAAAACCUGGCUAUUGUCCAGUUAAGCCUAAAUAUGAGUUAAUUUAUAAGUGACAGUUUAAAGGUUUUUCCUUCAAUAAGCUGUUUUCUAAGCCUGUCAGGCCAUCUCUAAAACUGAAAUCUUUUAUGUUCAUUCAUGGAGACUUCGUUUUAUGGGAGAAGCCAAGCAUGUUUAGGAUGAGCUGCCUUUUGUAAGGUUUUUUGUUUGGUUGGAUUUUGUUUUUGUUUUGUUUUUUGGGUUACUUUUGUGUGUUGGCUUUUUUUCUUGUUAGUUUUUCACUUGUGGUAGUACCAUUUUUUGGAUGUGUAAUGUUUAUAUGGGAAAACAAAAAGCUGAUGUAUAGCCCUGUAUACAGUGUAGAUACUAUUUUUGUAAAAAAUUGAGGCUAAAUUAAUGAACAAGAAUACUGAAUGUUUCAUCAUUAAAAAUUUCGUGUAUUUCUUGUGCAUUAAUCUACCAUAAUUUCCCUGUAUAUUAUGUUCAUGUAGCUGAGUUUGUAAUUUUGUUAACUAGAUCAAGUUGCCAGCAUUUGUUGGUGUAAGUGAACAUCACAGUUAAUCCUGAGUUGAAUUUAAACCAAAUACAUGCAUAAAAAAGAUCUUCUAACUAAUGGAAGAUGAUUUUUAGGUUGUGCGUUAAUUUUAGUUUUGUAUGUUUAACUUUUAUUAAAUAAAGUGUUUUUAAAAUCUCCA